CACUCCAACCGAUCCUUCAGGACCAUCAGCAUCAUCCCCGUUCUCGCCACCGUUCCUCCUUUCCUCUCGACCAGAAUGAGAUCCCGAAUCGCCGUUCAGAUUCUCGCCGUGAUGUUCGCCCUGGCACUCACCAUGGAUGCUGUCGUCGGAGUGAACUACAAAACGUGCAAAAAAUACUGCGACGGGGGAAUGGGUGGGGCGUCGGUCCUCUGCACCUUCUUCACGUCGGGCUGGCUGGGCGACCAAUGCCAGAAAAUCAUCAACGCCCCGCCCAAGACCUGCAAGAACUUCUGCAAAUUAUUGGUGUUGUUCAAGGAAUUUGACGCCGAUAGCGAGCACGUCGCCAAUUUUGAAGGAUAGUUCCGGUGCGAAGAGUGGCUCGAAAAUUGAGUGAAAUAAAAACUGGCAUAC